AGAGGACUUGCAGCCCCACAUGUUGGGUAGAGCCCCCUAGUUGUGGCGGGGGAUUUUAAUUGUGUGUUAACAAAAAGAGAUAGGAAGAGGGUAGUUGAUGAUUUUAAAGUAGAUAAAACAUCCUUUUUAUUACGGGGGUUGGUUAAAGAUUUUAAAUUAACCGACUGUUUUAGAAACUUGCAUCAAAGAGAGGAGGGCUUCACCUGGUCCAGUGGUGAUAGCUCCAAAGCCUCUCGAAUUGACUACAUUUUUACAAGAGACUUCCCGCCAACCGAUGCAACAUUGACCCCCUCUUUUUUCUGACCACUUGAUGCUGUCUUGCACCCUUUCACUGCCCACUGGUGUGACUGUAGGGGGAGGGCUGUGGAGGCUGAACUGCUCCUUGUUGGAAGAUGAGGAUGUAGUUGGAGAAUAUAGGGAGCGGUUCAGCCAAUGGCAGACCCUCCAAGACUUUUACGAUUCACGAGCACAGUGGUGGGAGAUGGUAAAGGACAGGACAAGACAGUUUUUUAGGAAGGUAGGGAAAAAUAAGAAAAAUAGGGAAAAAAGGCACAUGAUGGGGCUGCAAAAAAGACUACAGAGAUAUUUUAACCUUUUAAAUAAUGGUUUGGAUUUUAGCGAGGAUAUUAAAAAAGUAAAAAAGGAAAUGUCCGUUUUAAGUGAAACACAAAGCAAAGGUGUCAUUUUAAGAAGCCGAGAAAGAGACCUUGAGGAAGGAGAAAAGUGCACCAGAUAUUUUUUUAAAAAAAUAAUCACACGGGGAGGGGCAAUUACAUCACUGAAAACAGGAGGGAGGGAAGUGCACACAACAAAAGAAAUUUUAAGUGGGGUUACAGAAUUUUAUGAGGCUUUAUAUUGUAAAAAAGAUGUAGAAAGUGACACCUUGAGGGAAGUUUUAGGUUUUUUAGAGAAAAAGGUAAGCAGUCAAAGUGAGCUUUUAUCCCAAGAUUUGACCAUUUUAGAAUUACAAAAUGCUCUUAAAGGUUUUAAACGGGAAAAGUCCCCAGGAAUGGACGGACUCCCCUUAGAGUUUUAUCAGACUUUUUGGGAUAUUUUAGCACACGACCUACUGACUGUUUUUAGUGAAUUGGAGACCUUAGACAGACUUCCUGACAGCUUUAGAUUAGGGAUAGUUUCACUACUAUAUAAAAAAGGAGACAAGACGGACCUUAAAAACUGGCGUCCAAUCACACUUUUAAAUUUUGACGUUAAGCUUUUUAGUAAAAUUUUAGCAACACGUAUGUCAACCGUUUUAGAGGACGUGAUCCACCCAGAUCAAGCUUGUGCUGUGCCUGGGAGAAAGAUCACGGACAGCCUAGUGCUGAUUAGAGAUGCCAUCUGUUAUGCGAGAGACAGAAAUAUUCGUCCCCCAAAACAUUUCCUUUCAGACCUGGAGAGGGCGGCUUUUUACUUCUUGUGGGGGUCCAAGUGGGAACGUUUGAAGAGGGAGGUCGUCAAGAAAAGACCAGAAAAUGGUGGAAAAGGCCUCCCAGACCCCCACCUGUUUUUAGCCAGCCGCUUCACCGCCCUGCAUAUUGGUUAUGCGGUGACCCCAUCCAGAGAAAAUAAGACUGCAGCCAUGGCCCGCUUCUGGAUGGGGUCUUACCUGAGAGUUUUAAAAAUUUUACCAAUUGAUUUGACAACCCCAGUGGCUUUUAAUCUUCCAAAAGAAUAUGAUUUUAUCAAGAAGUUUUUAAAGAAAAAGAGUUUAGAGACUCAGGAUGCCACCAUUUUAACGAACCACAAAUCUCUUGUCUCUCUUGUGCAGGACCGGGAACCAGUGAGUCCAGUUCCAGGCCUCACACUAGGUGAGGCCAAAGAAGUUUGGAGGAAUGCUGCCCACCCCGCUCUCCAGAACAGGCACAAGGACCUGGCGUGGAUGGUAGCUCAUGAGAUCCUCCCGGUCAGGGCGGUUAUGCACUCCAGAGGCAUGGCCAAAAAUGCAAUCUGCCCCCGGUCCGGGUGUAAAAACCCGGAGACCGUAAGACACCUGCUCUGGGAGUGCGGCGCUGCGCGGGACCUGUGGGCCACGACCGGCCCCCUGUAUUUCCCGUGCCUGCCAGUGGGUGGGGUCCAGGUGGAUUACAAGCUCGCCAUCCUUGGGGUGGGCCGGGGCUCGAAGGACUGUCCAGCACAACAAUUUACCUCGCUCUGGCUCACCUUCAAUGCAAUCAAGGAUGCCAUCUGGACCACCAGAAACCUGCUGGUGGGGAAACACGUUACGGUCCCCCUCCACGCGAGCGAGCGAAUUGUAACAUCAACGCUGCAGGGGUACCGGGCGCUGUUAUUCGGACGGGGGGCCGGGGUCACACGGAAGAGGCCCCGGACGCCACCAUACUUGGCCGCCCGUAGAUGCACCCUUACCACCAGUGGCUACGGGAACAGCGGGCCAGCGGGCCGGAGGAGAGGGGAUCUCCUCUGGGCCCCUGAAGCGGUAGCCCAGGUGCCUGUUCUGGAGACUAGGGUGAUGGCCCACUUGAUAAGGACUCACUCGCGGUCCUGAACAACAGGACUUUUUUAGCAUUUUGGUGGCUUUUACCCUCUUUAUUUUUAUUUUACAUUUUUAACAACAUACUGUUUUAACACAAACUGUUCAAUGGACUUUUGCACAUGGAAACAAAUGACUCACAAAAUGAUACAAAUAUGUUU